AUGAGUCGCUGGGGAAAUAGUUGGUUCAGCGGUGGUACCAGUCGUUUGAGUCCUUUCUCGAGUCGAAGUAAUCCGCCGCAAGUAAAGGAUGAGGAUUUUGAAUACAUUACCAGUGAGGAUUUGGAAGAACCGAGGAGAACCUAUGAUCCACAUUCGAGAUCACCUCCUUCUGCACAAUUGGAAGAUGAUGUGCUAUUGGUGAAGCACAAGGGAAUCACCUACCCAGUCAAAUUUCCAGCCUACAGUAUUGGGGAUGGAAAAUUACAAGUGAGCGAUGUAAGGAAGCGAGCCGCGGCAUUGAUGGAUGUUUCGAAUUGGAGGAAGUUGGAAUUGGUUUACAAGGGAGAAAAAUUGAAGGAUGAUCAUGCACAUUGUCGAAGCUACGGUUUAAGAAAUGAAUCGGAGAUUCUUUGCAAUGUCGGGGAUGUAGCAAUUGGGAGUCAAGAUUCAGGAGAUGACAGUGAUGAAGUUCAAGAAGGAACUGCAUCUAAGAUCAGAAAACGAAUUCGCAAGUCGAAAAAUAAGAAGGGAAAGAAGAAGAGCAAUCACAACCUCGAAGCACCACAAAUGGAUUCAUCUACGACGUCUAGAACAGCUUCACCAGUUCCACCUUCAACACCCCAAACCCCAAUGGAGAAAUUAAAUGCUAUUUCCCACUACCUACAUUCCGAAAUCGUCCCAUUAGCAGAAGCAUUUAUAGCAAAUCCCCCAGAAGAAGAAAAGAAAAGGGAUUUCGAACACAAGAAGUUGAGUGAGACGAUCAUGGGACAGGUACUCUUGAAGUUGGAUGCGAUAGAGGGAGACCAAACAGCCAGAGAAACUAGGAAAGCUCUGGUGAAGGAAGCGUAUGCUGUCUUGGCUGGUAUUGAUUCCAAGGUUCCUGGUGCAGAAUAA